UCAAAAGAGAUGGAAGAGCGUUUGAUCCCAAUGAAUGAGAUUCUCCCAGGAAUGAAGGAAUGGAAAUGCAAGGUGAGAGUGAUCAAGAAGCUAGGAGCUAAGCAAGCUAACAAUAAUCCUAAUAAAUUUCAGAAACUAAUCUUGGGUGAUGGCUUGGGCCACACUCUUGAUGCUGUGAUAUUCCAUGAUAAUAUAGAUAGGUUCAAACAUGUGCUUCAAGAGGGUAAUGUUUACAUGGUGAAAGGAGCUUAUGUUUCUGAUCCAAAGCAAUACAGGAAUCCAAUUGUGACAUGUAAUUACCAAUGGACGUUCAGAAAAGAUACUUCGGUGAAGGAAGAACCAAAUGAUUCUAUACCUGUUGGGGGACUAAGUUUUAGAACAACUCCAAGUUAUACUGCUUGUGUCAUUAUUGCUACCCAUGAACCUCGAGUAGUCACAGUCAAAGGACAGGGUAAAGUCAUUCGUGAGUAUGCUGCUAUAGAUACAGAGCUGGAAUCGUUUGUGGUGACAUUUUGGGAAGAUUCUGUAUCCGAUGAGAUCUAUGCUAAAUUGGAACCUAUUUCGAAUAGGAUACCAUUGUUGUUGUUGAAUUUUUCAGUCGUGCCAUACUACGGAUUGAGUCUGACCACCAAUGCUCAGUCAAUUGUCUUGGAUGGCUUUGAGAAUGAAAUGCUAAUUGAACUAGAGAGAUGGAAGCAAGAGAAUGAAGAGGCCAUUAACAUCUUAAUACAAACUGGUGGUUUUUUUGAAAAGAAAGUGUUGCGCUCACCCAAGCAACCUUUGCAGAUUACUAAAGUGGAACAAAUGUUGCAGAAUCAAGAGAAUACAUACUUUAAUGUAAAAGUUAAAGCAAGAUUGGAAAAUGAAUACCAAGACUACUUUUACAUUGGUUGUCCAAUAUGUUCCACAAAGACUGUUGCAUCAUAUGGUACGGAGUUCAUGUGUUACUCAACUCCAUGCAAGAACAUGAGAAUAGCAAAUCGAAGGUGCUAA